GGGGGGUAUAGGGGAAUAAUGGAAGGUAAUGGGGCCCUACAGGAACCAUAUAGGGGUGUAAUGGGGCCCUAUAACGAACGUAUGGGGCCUUACAGGAACAUAUAGGACCCUAUAAGGAACAAGAGCUCGGCGUUGGCAGGAACGUCCUCCGGCUUCGUCAAGGCUAACGAGAGCUCCACCCACCGGACGUCUCCGUCCCAUCCCACCGCUUGAGACGCCGUCGUUUAAGGGGGGGUGAGGUCCCCCCCCGACCAUGGCCGACCCCAUCAUGGACCUCUUUGACGACCCCAAUCUCUUCGGGUUGGACUCUUUGACCGAUGAGACCUUCGUCCCAUCCCACCACCCCGAUCCCAUCGAAGAAGCUUUGACCUUAGCGGGAGCUUUGGAUCCACCUCCUGCUCCUCAAAACCCUUCCGGUGAUGCCCCUCAACCCCCUCCAGAUGUUUCCACCAACCCUCAAGUCCCACCACCCGACCAAGAGGUCCUCAGUCAAGGCAACCCCUUCAUGGGGGUGACCACCACUUUACCCACCACCUCGGCGUCAUCUUCUGGGGUUCCUCAACCCCCCAAAAUCGUUAUCCUCAAAGCUCCCCCUCCCCAAAUUCCCACCGCCUCCUCCGUGGUGGCCUCAACUGGAACGUCGACUCCCAACGGUGGCAAAGUCACCUUCGCCAAGGUCUUAAGUUCUCCUCAGCUUCGUCCCGGUGUCUCCAUCGUCACCGGUGCACCUUCAACGGCCAAAGUGGCUUCAACCGGACCAGGAGUCACCACCGCCACGGCCACCGCCACCACCGUCCAUCGCUUGGUCCAACCGGGAAGACCCAUCAAGCAGUUGGUGUUACAACCGGUCAAAACUGGAGGAACUGGGACGCCCCUAAAACCGGCCGUGACGUUGACCUCGGCGCCGGCGCAGGGCGAAUCCAAACGCAUCACUUUGGUCCUCCAACAACCUCCGAGCGGUGGAACGUCUUCUUCUGCCCAACGCCACGUGGUUUUGGGCAGUUUGCCGGGCAAGAUUGUCCUCCAGGGCAGCCAAGUGGCCGCUCUCGCUCAAUCCAAAGGUCCGACGGGACAACCGCCCAAGGUGGUCACCAUCCAACUCCAAGUCCAGGCGCCUCCCACCACCGCCGGAGGACCUCCGCAGAAGCUUCAGGUGGUGGGAACGGCCGGAGGAGGAGCGGUGCCGGUGGCUCCCGUGGCCCCCGCGGCGCCCGUCCUGGCGGCGCCGCCGCCCCCGCGCCUCACCGCCCCGCUCAAGGUCCUCCUCCAGCCCCAGGCCUCUCCUUCCGCCGGCGCCUCUCCGGGCCUUUCCGUCGUCAAAGUCCUCACCACCUCCGAAGUCGCCGCUUUGACCUCCACCACCACCACCACCUCCACCACCUCCUCCUCUUCAUCUCCUCGUUGUCCUCCUGAAGACCCUCGCAAAUUGGACCACCAGAAGAAGCAGGAGAAGGCCAACCGCAUCGUGGCCGAGGCCAUCGCCCGCGCCCGCGCCCGCGGCGAGCAGAACAUCCCCCGCGUCCUCAACGAGGACGAACUGCCCACCGUCCGCCCCGAGGACGACGCCGACCGCAAACGCCGCCGGAGAGGCGACCGCGGCGCCGCCAAAGACGAGCGCCCACGCAAGGCCAAAGCCCACAACGCCAACAACGCCAACGCCAAGGCCAAAGGCCGCGCCAAACCCAGCACCAUCACUCCGGUGGUGGGAAAGAAGCGGAAGAGAAACGCCUCCUCCGACACUUCCGACGCCGAAGCCGCUCCGGUGCCGCGCGACGACGACGAGAGCAGCGUCCAGAAGCGCCGCUCGAACCGCCAGGUGAAACGCAAGAAAUACACCGAGGAUUUGGACAUCAAAAUCACCGACGACGAAGAGGACGAAGACAUCGACGUCACCGCUCCGGCGCGGACCGAAACGGGGCCUCCGCCGCCCCCCCCCGAGGGCGACGCUCUGCCCGCCAUGCAGUUCUUCGUGGAGAACCCCAGCGAGGAGGACGCCGCCAUCGUGGACAAAGUCCUCUCCAUGCGAGUGGUCAAGAAAGAGCUUCCGUCGGGGCAGGUGGUGGAGACCGAGGAGUUCUUCGUCAAAUACAAGAAUUAUUCGUACCUCCACUGCGAAUGGGCCACCAUCGCCCAACUGGAAAAGGACAAACGGAUCCACCAAAAACUCAAACGCUUCAAAACGAAGAUGACCCAAAUGCGUCACUUCUUCCACGAGGAGGAAGAACCUUUCAACCCCGACUACGUGGAGGUCGAUCGCAUUUUAGAUGAGUCCCACAGCGUCGAUAAAGACAACGGAGAGCCGGUGGUCUAUUAUUUGGUCAAAUGGUGUUCGUUACCGUACGAGGACAGCACGUGGGAGCUCAAGGAGGACGUGGACGAAGGGAAGAUCAUGGACUUCAAGAGGAUCCAAGCGCGUCACCCCGACCUCAAACGCUUGCCUCGUCCUCAGGCCGUGACGUGGAAGAAGUUGGAGCUCUCCCACGAGUACAAAAACCACAACCAACUCCGCGAGUACCAACUGGAAGGGGUCAAUUGGCUGCUCUUCAACUGGUACAACCGCCAAAACUGCAUCCUGGCCGACGAGAUGGGUUUGGGGAAGACCAUCCAAUCCAUCGCCUUUCUCCAAGAGGUCUACAACGUGGGCAUUCGUGGUCCAUUCUUGGUCAUCGCUCCUCUUUCCACCAUCACCAACUGGGAACGAGAGUUCACCACGUGGACGGAGAUGAACAGCAUUGUCUACCACGGCAGUUUGGCCUCCAGGCAGAUGAUCCAACAGUACGAGAUGUACUGCAAGGACACCCGGGGUCGCCUCAUUCCCGGGGCCUACAAGUUUGAUGCCCUCAUCACCACCUUCGAGAUGAUCCUCUCCGAUUGUCCGGAGCUCCGUGAGAUCGAGUGGCGCUGUGUCAUCAUCGACGAAGCGCAUCGCCUGAAGAACCGCAACUGCAAACUCCUCGACAGCCUCAAACACAUGGACCUGGAGCACAAAGUCCUCUUGACCGGAACUCCUCUUCAAAACACCGUGGAGGAACUCUUCAGUCUUCUCCACUUCUUGGAACCUUCUCAGUUCCCCUCCGAAGCCGAAUUCCUCAAGGACUUUGGAGACCUCAAAACUGAAGAACAGGUCCAGAAGCUCCAGGCCAUCUUGAAGCCCAUGAUGCUUCGUCGCUUGAAGGAGGACGUCGAGAAGAAUUUAGCUCCAAAACAAGAGACCAUCAUCGAGGUGGAGUUGACCAACAUCCAGAAGAAGUACUACAGAGCCAUCUUGGAGAAGAACUUCUCCUUCUUGGCCAAAGGUGUUGGACACACCAACAUGCCCAACCUUCUCAACACCAUGAUGGAACUCCGCAAGUGUUGUAACCAUCCCUACCUCAUCAACGGUGCUGAGGAGAAGAUCUUGGCCGAAUUCCGCGAGUCGUGGCCUCCUCAGGUGCCGGUGGACUUCCACCUUCAGGCCAUGGUCCGCUCGGCCGGCAAACUCGUCCUCAUCGAUAAACUCCUCCCGAAACUCAAAGCCGGCGGUCACAAAGUCCUCAUCUUCUCCCAAAUGGUUCGGUGCUUGGACAUCCUGGAGGAUUAUCUCAUCCAGAAGAGGUACGUCUACGAACGCAUCGAUGGCCGCGUGAGGGGGAACUUACGCCAAGCGGCCAUCGACCGCUUCAGCAGAAGCGAUUCCGACCGCUUCGUCUUUCUCCUCUGCACGAGGGCCGGGGGCCUCGGCAUCAACCUGACGGCCGCCGACACCUGCAUCAUCUUCGACUCCGACUGGAACCCCCAGAACGAUCUCCAGGCGCAGGCUCGCUGCCACCGCAUCGGUCAAAGCAAAGCGGUGAAGGUCUAUCGUCUCAUCACUCGCAACUCCUACGAGCGGGAGAUGUUCAACAAAGCCAGCCUGAAGCUGGGCUUGGACAAAGCCGUCCUCCAGUCCAUGAGCGGCCGAGAGGGCAACAUUGCCGGGAUCCAGCAGUUCUCCAAGAAGGAGAUCGAGGACCUCCUGCGCAAGGGCGCCUACGCCGCCAUCAUGGAGGAGGACGACGAGGGCUCCAAGUUCUGCGAAGAGGACAUCGACCAAAUCCUCCUGCGCCGAACCACCACCAUCACCAUCGAGAGCGAGGGCAAAGGCUCCACCUUCGCCAAGGCGAGUUUCGUGGCCUCCGAGAACCGCACGGACAUCGCUUUGGACGACCCCAACUUCUGGCAGAAAUGGGCCAAGAAGGCUGACCUCGACCUGGACCUUCUCAACAGCAAGAACACUUUGGUGAUCGACACUCCGCGCGUCCGGAAACAAACGCGACAUUUCAGCACUUUACGAGACGACGAUUUGGUGGAAUUUUCCGAUCUGGAAAGCGAAGACGAAGAGAAACCGUUGCGAGGGAGAAGACAUCACCACCACCAUCAUCACCACCACCAUCAUCCACCACCACCACCGCCGCCACCACCGCCGCCACCGCCGUCGUCUUCUCCUCAUCAUCACCAUCAUCACCAUCAGGGGUUCCACCACACCUACGGCCGAACCGACUGCUUCCGAGUGGAGAAACAUCUCCUCGUCUACGGGUGGGGUCGCUGGCGAGAGAUUUUAUGCCACGGGCGGUUCAAACGUCGCCUUUCGGAACGGGACGUGGAGACCAUCUGCCGCGCCAUUUUGGUUUAUUGUCUUCUCCACUACCGCGGCGACGAGAAGAUCAAAAGCUUCAUUUUGGACCUCAUCAGUCCGACGGAGAACGGAAAUUCCAAAGAACUCCAAAACCAUUCCGGACUUUCCAUCCCGGUUCCUCGGGGGCGGAAGGGGAAAAAGGUGAAGACCCAAAGUUCUUUUGAUGUCCACAAAGCGGAGUGGAUCCCAAAGUACGAUCCCGACGCCCUCUUCCAGGAUGAGAGCUACAAGAAACAUCUCAAACAUCAGUGUAACAAGGUUCUCCUGAGGGUUCGGAUGCUCUACUACCUCCGGCAGGAGGUCAUCGGUGACCAGGCCGAGAAGGUGCUGGCGGGGGCCGUGGCCAGCGAGAUCGACAUUUGGUUCCCUCUGGUGGAGCAGUUGGAGGUCCCCACCUCCUGGUGGGACUCCGAAGCCGACAAAUCCCUCCUCAUCGGAGUCUUCAAACACGGUUACGAGAAGUACAACACCAUGAGAGCGGAUCCGGCGCUUUGCUUCCUGGAGAAGGCCGGGCGCCCCGACGACAAAGCCAUCGCCGCCGAGCAGCGCCUCGACGUGGCCGAAGGUGUGGACUUUGAGGACCCGGAAUACAAACCUCUGCCGGGAUCGGCAAAGGAUGCGGAUGAGGAGGCGGAUCCACUGCUGCUGAUGGAGGAGGAGGCGGCGCCCGACGGCGACGAAGGUCCCCCCCCGGCGCCGGGGCAGCCGCGAUGGCCGCCGGGGUCGGUGCUGACGGCGCGGCUGCGCCGUUUGGUGGCCGCGUGCCAACGCUCGGGGCAGCAGCAGCGGCACCACCGCCUCCCCCCGAGCGGAGAGCGCAGACGACGCCACCCCGGCUGCCGCCUCAAGGACGCCGCCCGCAGGGACAAGGCCCAGAGGUGGACCCGUCGGGAACAGGCGGACUUCUACCGGGUGGCCUCUACCUUUGGAGUGGAGUUGGAUCCCGAGAGCGGACGAUUCCGAUGGGGUCGUUUCCGACUUUUAGCCGGAUUGGAGAAGAAGACGGAUGAGAACCUCACCAAAUUUUACCACGGCUUCGUCGCUAUGUGCCGGCAAGUUUGUCGCCUACCGCCCGCGCCCGGAGAUGAACCUCCCGAUCCCUCCCUCCCGGUGUCCCCCAUUUCGGCCGCCAGAGCUUCUCGAGGUCUUCGUCGGUUGGGUCUUCUCCGUCUUCUCCGCGAGCAGGUCCUCCGCCAUCCUCUUCUUCCCACUCGUUUGGCUUUAUGUCCUCCUCCCGGUCCCGAUCUUCCACCGUGGUGGGAACGUGGUCACCACGAUGGAGAACUUCUCCGUGGAGCUGCUCGGCACGGUUUGGCCCAACCCGAAGCCGCCAUUUUGGGAGAUCCCGACUUCUCCUUCGCCGCCGCGCGGUGGAGGUACCUUCGUGCCGAAGCCGGAGAGACACCACCACCACCACCACCACCACCAGCAGCAGCGCAAAGCAUCAUGGGACAUCCCACCCCACCGGUGCCGGCCACCGAGGACGACGAUUCCGAGCUGGAGAAGAUGUCACCAUCGGCUUCGGAGUCAUCUUCGUGCGAAGAGGAGAGCGAUGAGGACAGAGGCCCUGAAGCUCCGGGUGGUCCGGAAGAAGAGGAGGAAGAGGAAGAAGAAGAGGAAGAAGAGGAGGAAGAGGAGGAGGAAGAGGAGGAAGAGGCUCCGCCCCUUCCGGGAGAAGGGGGGGCGCCCCCUCCGCCUCCCCCCCCAUCUCGCCCACCUCCACCAGUGGCCAAAGGACCGCGCCCUGAUCCGGCGGCUGGAGCGCGGUUUGCCAGGCUGGUGCUGUCGGGAGGGGGUUACCCCGAAAGCGCCCCCCCCCGGCGCCCCCCCAACCCGCCGAAACCCCCCUAUUCACCCGCUUACGCACGGGAGAAAGAAUUCACCGUCCAGAUCAAAGACGAGGAGGGGCUCAAAUUGACUUUCCAGAAGCACCGUUUGGUCCCCAACGGGGCCACGCGAGAGCCCCCCCAUAAGAAGAACAGCAAGAAGCUGGUGGAGCUGGAGCUGCGCUGCCUGGAGGGGCUGCGGGAGCCGGGAGGGGACCCCGAAAGCCAAGUGCGCCCCGACUUCGCCCUGGAGCCCCGCUUCCUCCCGGUGAGGCCCCCGAAAAUCACCCUUUUCACCCCAAAAUCCAAUCCCUGAACCCCCAAAUUGGACCAUUGGAUCUCAUAAAAACCCUUUUUCGACGCAAAAUUGCAACAUUUCGCCUCAAAAAUGCCCCUUUUCACCCCCAAAUUGGACCGUUUUACCUCCAAAAUCCUUUUUUCCCACAAAAUUGGACCAUUUUACCCCAAAAAUCCCCCUUUUCACCCCAAAAUCGGAACAUUUUACCUCAAAAAUUCAUGAUUUCGCCCCAAAAUUGACCGUUUU